AUGGCAGACCCUGUUGCUAGCAUCGCUGGCUCGGCAGCCAAGAGCGUGCGGCCGUACCGUUCAAGUGAGGCAUACGUGGAGGCCAUGAAGGAGGACCUGGCAGAGUGGCUCAAUGCUUUGUAUAGCCUGGGGCUGCCUAGUGGUGGUGAUGGCUUCCUGGCAGGAUUGGCCACGGGUACGACCCUGUGCCAACAUGCCAAUGCUGUCACUGAGGCUGCCCAUGCCUUGGCUGCUGCCCGCCCGACCCGAGGUGUGGUCUUCCAGGCACACAGUGUGGUACCUGGCUCAUUCAUGGCCCGAGACAAUGUGGCCACUUUCAUUGGCUGGUGCCGCGCGGAGCUGGGUGUACCUGAGGUGCUCAUGUUCGAGACCGAGGACUUGGUGCUUCGGAAGAAUGAGAAGAGCGUGGUUCUGUGCCUGCUGGAGGUGGCAAGGCGUGGGGCCCGCCUUGGCCUGCUUGCCCCCCGUCUUGUGCAGUUUGAGCAAGAGAUUGAGCGUGAGCUUCGUGCCACACCCCCAGCUCCCAAUGCCCCUGCCACCGGGGAGAACUCCAGGGAGGAAUCUGCUGAGGCUGCUGCUGCAACUGGCGUUCCCCCUCGUGGGCCUCGCAUGACACCCAGUGACCUACGCAAUCUUGAUGAGCUGGUGAGGGAAAUCCUAGGCCAAUGCACCUGCCCAGACCAGUUCCCCAUGAUAAAGGUCUCAGAGGGAAAGUACCGAGUGGGAGAUUCCAGUCUGCUCAUCUUUGUCCGGGUGCUGAGGAGCCACGUGAUGGUGCGUGUGGGUGGUGGCUGGGACACACUGGAGCACUACCUGGACAAGCAUGACCCAUGUCGCUGUUCUUCCAUUGCCCACCGCCUGCCCCAGUCCAGGGCUCAGACCUUCUCUCCCCAGAAGGGGUCGCCCACCCCCAGUCCCCGAGCUAGUAGCCCAGCCCCUGGGGGUGAUCGUCGGGGCUCCCGGCCUGAGGUGACCCCCAUUAGUCUACGAAGCUCUAAGGAGGGGCCUGAGACCCCACUCAGGCCCCGGGAUCAGCUACCCCCUCACCCCCGCUCCCGCCGUUACUCAGGAGACAGUGACUCUUCAGCCUCUUCAGCCCAGAGUGGUCCCCUUGGUGCCCGCAGUGAUGACCCAGGCACUGGCCCUCGGAAGGAGCGUCCCAGCCGACGACUGACCACAGGCCCCCCAGCUUCCCCAAGGAGGCCCCCAACCCCUCGCAGCCAGUCUCGAGACCAGCUGGAUAGGAGUCAGCCCCGGGGGGCUUCUGGGGGCAGGGGGGCCCAAUUAGUGGCUCCCAGCCCUGCCCGCCGUACUCGGAGCCAGAGCCGUGAGGAGCACACUGUACUGCUGGUGCACAGAGACCAAGAAGGGCAGCACUCAUGGGUGUCCCGGGGCAGGGGUGGCGGUGACUCAGGCAGGGGCAGCCCCCAGACACCCCGGGCCCGCAGCCCUGCAGCACCCCGGCCAGCCCGGGUUCCCAGCCCUGGUCUGGAGUUGGGUGGAACGCCUGCCAGCGUCUUCCGCACACCUCUGCAGCUGGACCCACAGCAAGAGCAGCAGCUAUUCCAGCGCCUGGAAGAGGAGUUCCUGGCCAAUGCCCGUGCCCUCAAGGCUGCUACUGGUGGAAACCCCCCUGGCCCUGACCCUGACCCUGCUCGAGCCCCAGAUCCUCCAGCUCCCGACUCAGCCUACUGUUCCUCCAGUUCCUCCUCCUCUUCCCUCAGCGUCUUGGGUAGCAAGUGUGGCCCCCCUGGGGACCCUGCCCGGACAGCCAAUGGGCUUCCUGGGCCCCUAGGUCCAGCCUUAUCUAGUUCUUCUGACGAGGGCAGCCCCUGCCCUGCUCUUGUAGGGCCACCCAGUGUACCAGGGACAUCCCUUGUUAGCUCUGAGUCCUUGAGGACCUGGGCCCGGGGCCGCAUGGACACACAGCCAGACCGGAAGCCGUCUCGCAUUCCCACGCCACAGGGGCCCCGCCGCCUGUCUGGACCUACAGAGCCUGGGGCCUGGCAUGCCCUGCACUCGGUCAGCCCAAGGACCGAGCCUGAUUCCUGGAUGUGA